CACCAACGCGCAUGCGCAAAGCGCUCCCUCUCCGGCUUGCCGUAGUUAUAAGUCAUCUGAAUGAGAAUGUCUUCUGUCAAACUGGUGUCGCUGUGGGCCGCUGCGCCUGGGCUGACGGCGCUGCUGAGCGGCUCGGUGCUGGGCGCCGGUGAGGCGAAGAAGAAGAAGAGCAGCCAGGCUGUGCUGAGCAUCGAUGAGUUGCCGUCUCUGUACACCACACCUGAACCCACACCUGUCCACCUGGAGGCGGAGGCCGGGCGGCUGGAGCAGAGCGUGGCGUCGCUGAGGAAGUGGGCGGAGCCAUACACCGACCUGUGUCAGCAGAACGUCCAGGCUGCAGUGGAGAAAGCUGAGCGGGUCUACAGGACGGCGGAGCCGACCAUCAACGCGUCGGCAUCGACCAUCAGAGAGACGUACCGGUUCCUCAGCGACCCGCCUCCGGACCUCUACCCCCGGGUCGGGGUGGUCGGGUUCUCCGGCUUCCUGGGCCUCUACCUAGCCAAAGGGUCCAGGAUGAAGCGGCUGGCAUUCCCCGCGGGCCUCAUGGCCCUCAGCGCCUCCAUGUUCUACCCCCAGCAGGCCGCCGCCGUGCUCAAGGUGAGUCGAGACCAGGUGUUGCUUUGGACUCAGCAGGGUCGCGUUGCUAUGGAGACUCUAUGGAAACGACCUCCAGCCGGUGAGAAAAAGGCGGUGAAACCUGAGAAGACGGCGCAGGAAGCAGAGAGCGGCGCCACAAACAGCUGAGCCUGACCUUCCUUUAGAUACACAGAACCUCGCCGGGCUCCGGAUCAGAACAUGUGAGCUUUAUACCAACAGUCGUUCUGAGCAGCGCCGCCUUUUCCCAGAAGCAGUUUGGCUCGUUGUGUUUUAAAUUUGCUUCUUGGAAUCGGCUCUCCAAGGUCGUCCUCCUCUUUUCUCACAUCUGUGAGCUCAGCUCUCUGACGACACAGAUCACCGUGUCCCAGAACCGGAUCCGGUACCUCCCAGAACCCCAAACUGACACUAAACUGCUAAAAUCAGCCGUCUGGGAUCAGUUUAAACUCACUUUGGGUUGUUUUACUAAAGCAAAAGAGAAUUGACUUUAUUCUUCCUUCUCUCACUGUUGAAUAAACUAUGAUAAAAUGUCUGAGUUUGAAAACUGUACUCAUAAAUUCCCAAAACUAUGAACUUUAUGCCUUUUUUUUUUAUUUUGAGGAAAUGCAUCAUCAGACCUAAAGAUGCAUUAGAAUUUGCUCAUUAGGACCCAGAUUCACAUCAGAUGAUUUAUUUUAUUUAUGAUGUGUCUGGAUUUUGUUGUUGUGGUCAGACUUCCUGCUCAGACGUUUUCUUUCAGACCAUCUCAUGAUGCGUCAGGUCCUCUGAAUCAGUCCUAAAUAUGAUUAAAUGGCCGUUUAUCCAUCACUACAUGUGCUUGUUUUUUACUAAAUGUCAUUAAAUAUGUGGUUUAUGGUCAUAAAACAGCUGUUUGGUGGUUUGGAAAGAUUUUCCUGUUUAUUUUUGUGUAAUUGUGUUUUUCAUGACAGUUCUGCUGGAACAUAAUACAUAUUUAGCCUAAUUUAAUUGGUGAGACGUCUGAUUUUGGAUGUUCCUAACUUAAAUUUUUAUACAUAUUAUUUUGCCGUGAGAUUUCAAUCACUGACAUAACAUCAGAAAUGUGGUUUUAUUGGGAUUUAACCUAAAAUCUGUAAUCUGGACACGCAGACCUGAGCGGAUCCACAGGGAGCUGGCAGGUCUGAAUCGACCACCAGAGGGCGUGAGAGGUGACUCUGGCAGUUACCUGAGCGUCCUACAGUAUGAUAUAACAGGCUAGAGGACACGGAUGGAGACAGAUGACUGUGGCAACCGCUCAAAGAGAAGAAGAAGAAGAAUCUCUUAUGUUGAGCUUCAUUUCUCAUCGGACCAGAAACAUUUUUCUACGUUUAGCAACGUUUCUGCUGCUGAACAUCCAGGUUUUAAUCGGCUUUUUAUUUCCCCGUUUCAGUUUCGUGUUUCAGAUUUCCAGCUGAGGCUCUAGGGUCCGGUUCCUGAAUCACUGAGACAAGAGUUUGUUUUCACUGUUAAAAUCCAAACAUUUUGAGCAAAUUUCCAUCAAACGAGUUUCUAAACUAAAAAAAAAAAAAAAAAAA